AAAAGUGAAUUCAUGUCAUUUACCUUACAAUAGUAUAUGUAAAAUAACAGUACAUCAAGACAGAGUGUCCUGUGACAAAAUGACAGAUCAAGAUCUGAAUUUAGCGUCGCUGGAGGGCGUCUGGAGGCGCUGUGCUCCGCUCGGCCGCCGCUAGCGGGCAGUGAGUUGCGGCGCUUGAUGGUGCUGCUGAAGUUUUCAAGAUGUCGUCGCUGGAGCAGAGACUCUCCCGAAUCGAGGAGAAGCUCAAGCAGGAAAAUAAAGAAGCCCGCAAACGAAUCGACCUGAGCAUCGACGUGAGCCCGCAGCGGACGCGUCCGAGGCCAAUCAUCGUGAUCCAGCUCAGUCCAGCUCCAGCCCCCUCCCAGCGCGCAGCCCUACAGCUGCCAUUGGCCAACGAUGGAGGAAGUCGCUCGUCCUCCUCAGAAAGCUCUCCUCAACACCCCUCGUACCCUAGCAGACCCCGACAAAUGCUUACGCUUCCCACCCCAACCUACAGCCUACAGAAGAGCCUGGAGAAUGCUGAAAUUGAUCAGAAGUUGCAGGAAAUCAUGAAACAAACAGGAUAUCUGAAGAUUGAUGGACAGCGUUACCCUGCAGAGGUGACGGAUCUGAUCAGUGAAGGGGAGAUCGGCAGUGGAACCUGUGGACAGGUGUUUAAAGUUCGCUUUGAGAAGACUGGCCAUGUCAUCGCAGUUAAGCAAAUGAGGAGGACGGGUAAUAAAGAUGAGAAUAAGAGAAUCCUCAUGGAUCUAGAUGUUGUGUUGAAGAGUCAUGACUGUCCGUACAUCAUUCAGUGCUUUGGAGCAAUUGUCACCAAUACGGAUGUGUUCAUUGCCAUGGAACUAAUGGGGACAUGUGCAGAGAAGCUGAAGAAGCGGAUCCAGGGGCCCAUACCAGAGGCCAUUCUGGGAAAGAUGACCGUGGCCAUUGUUAAGGCUCUGCUUUAUCUAAAAGAGAAACAUGGUGUCAUUCACCGAGACGUGAAGCCAUCUAAUAUCCUGUUGGAUGCCAAAGGGCAGAUCAAACUGUGUGAUUUUGGCAUUAGUGGCCGACUGGUAGAUUCUAAGGCCAAAACUCGCAGCGCCGGCUGUGCUGCAUACAUGGCGCCUGAGAGAAUAGAUCCUCCAGACCCCAGUAAACCCGACUAUGACAUCAGAGCUGACGUCUGGAGUCUUGGCAUUUCUCUGGUGGAGCUAGCCACGGGACAGUUUCCGUACAAGAACUGCAAGACAGACUUUGAGGUUCUCACCAAAGUUCUGCAAGAGGACCCGCCGGUCCUUCCUCUCAGCAUGGGCUUUUCCCCUGACUUUCAGUCCUUCGUCAAAGACUGCCUCACAAAGGAUCACAGAAAAAGGCCAAAAUACCACAAGCUGCUUGAGCACAGUUUUAUCCGUCGUUAUGAAGUGUCAGAAGUACACGUGGCGGGCUGGUUCCAGACGGUGAUGGAGCGCACAGAGUCUCCUCGCAGCAGCCAGUGCUUCAGCCAUCACCAGCUCCACUCUCUCUUCAGCAGGUAGCCAGGCGGAGACUGAGAGGAACGGAGGGAUGUCGGGAGAGAAAGAAUGAUGCGAUUUUGAGAGGUUGAUUUAAAGAGACAGGUGGACAGGCUUGAAAUAUAAAUCAUGUAAAUGAAAAAGACAGGAUGGAGUGGCAAUGGACCGUUUGAGAGCGAGAAAUGGCUGAAACAAAAGAGAGAAUGUUCAGUUGGGAGUUUGACUGAUCGACAGACAAUCCUGGGCAGGUUUGAUGUAAAUCUGAAAUCUUUUUGUCCUUUUCAUCCACCCAUCGAACAGGAUGGACCAUUGCAGUCUAACACAGUCACAUACAUUUACGGUAACACACUGUUUCACUAAACCACGAUCACUGACUGCCGUAUAAAGGUUAGCCGCAAGAGUAAACGUACAGUCCGUUCACUUCGAAAUCCAAAUCCUCCGUAGCCCCUUACUCAGGGACUGAACAGAGUAGUCGAACAACACUGUGCAAUGGUGUGUGUGUGUGUGUGUGUGUGUGUGUGUGUUAUCCGUUUAUCAGUCCUAGCUCUUCACUUUCCUGUACGGUUUAAGUACACUUAGCCAUUAGGCAAAUCUAAGCAAAUAGAAGUUAGCUAGAUAAUAGCUGUGUGAUAUAUGUUUUAUAGAAGUAUUCUUUUGCUAGCAAGCAUCAGCAGAUAUUUCAGUAAAUGUAAUGUGUACUUAAAGAGUAAGUGAUUCUUAGUCGCAGAGUUUCUAAUCCUUGGUGUUUAGCUUGUUAUAACUAGUUUGGUCUGGAAUUUCAUAUAUUGAAAAUAGACGUAUUGGCUAAGAAAAGUUGAAUAUUAAGAUAAAACUAGUGAUUGACCGAUAAGAUGAAGUGCGUAUCCCAAUUUAAUAUGCAGAGACAACUAUAAAUGACCAGUUUGUUUGAGAAGCCUGACUCGGCGACAUUGGUUAAACCAAUAGUGUAAAUUUGGGGCGGGACUAUCUCUUUUGUCUGACCAAUGGCAGACGGGGGAAUUGUUCUUAUAACGUUGGUGUUUGUGUAAUUCCGUUAUGCUAGUCUUCAGAAAUUACACACUUCAUUUUCAUUGGCUGAUGACGAUAUCUAGAAACGCCUCUGUUCAUCGGCCAAUGGCGAUAAUCUCAAAAUGGCCAAAUAUUGGACUAUGUAUCGGUCUAUCACUAGAUAAAACACAAAAAAAUUAGCCCAGAAUGUGUAAAGUCAUACACAGUGCACACCUCAGGAAGACAAGUGUUAGAAAUGGGUAUUUUAACAAGAUUUAGCUGUGUGCUUCAGUCUUAGAGUGAGGAAGAAACUGUAAUCAAGUCACCAGAAGCAUAGAUGAGAGAUGUUGUCAUAGUCACUCAGAGUGGUGUUGAGAGACAAGCGGGGGAGUUUCUGCAGUGAGAGCAGUUCGUUUAGAGCAUUUUCUCAACGAGAAUGGAAAAAAAAUGGCUUGUUUUGUGAGUGGAACAUUUCUGCUCUGAUUCACCCGACAACCGUUCAUCAUUUCAUUCUCUUCGCCGUUCUCUUUUUCUCAUGAGCAUUUGAGUUCCUGCAAACCAAAGCUUUUUAUUUAUUUUUAAUUUUUUUGAUAGCACUGCUUUUUUUCUGCCAAGCCGUUGUUCUCAGAGGAUUUCAGCACCUGCUCGUGGGUUGUGCUGGAGAUGUUCAGCGACUUUCACAACCAAAGCUGUAGAGUUUGAGAUUCACUGCUUUAAAAAGCCAAAAUCACCGCUAGACUGUGUGAGAAAGAGUGCGGGAAGAAAAAGAAAAUAUGCAAAAGAUGUAGAUGGUAACGGUACGUUGAGACAGGAAGUAUGGUGAUAUAUAAGGGACUGAAGAGAGCGUAAUGAGCGUAGCAGAGGAAAUAACGGGAUGGGAGGGGAAAAUUGGAGGAAGGCAUAUAGAAAGUAUUAAAGAAAGUCUCCAGUGAAGUCUUAUUGAAAGUAUUGGCUCAUUUUUAGAGGCUGACAGUUAACAGGUGUUGGUUGUUUUCUCGAUCAUUGUGUUGAGCUAGCUGGAUGUUGCAUAAAAGCUUUCAAUUGUUUUGAACCAAUGUACCAAUUUUUAUUUUUGGGGGGGUUAAUUAGUUUGUGUUGUUAUGCAUCUUACUGUUUUUCAUUAUCCUUGAAACUUUGUUUGCUAUUAUUAUUAUUACUAUUAUUAUAUUUAUUUAUUAUCUUACUUGCUGCUACUGUUUACUUUAGAUGCUGCUGUCAAUGAUUAUAUUCCCCAAAGGAAAAUCCUUUUUCUUUUUUUUUUUUACCAAAUGCAUAAAACACUGCAAUGUCUACACAUUUACCAAAUACGAAAAUAAUUUAGGUGUAAAAUGCAUAAUGUCAUCCUUUAAGAGGCAAAGAGAAAGCAAGUGAGGAAGUGAAGAAAAUUGAGAAUAUAUAGACCUAUAUCUAUAUUUAUAUCUAGUUUUGUUUUUGAAACUAUGCCACUAUGCCAACCUCACACAAACAUCACCGCUCACUGUAGGCAACUAAUUAGAAUGACUUCCAGUUAUUUGUACAAAAUAAUAGACACCAGCUGGUAAUAUCUAUAUAUAUUUGAGCUAGAUUCCUUUGUUACACCGUUAGCUGCAGAUCACGCAGGCAGAUAUGUUCGUAAUCGUCCUCCUGUGUCCGUCCUGCGGUGGAUGAAUUCAUGAGUUUUAUUCGAAUCAAACUCAUCAGUUGUAAUACGUUCUCCUCUUCAAAUAUUUUGUCUGUUUUGGUUGUGCUAUUGUUAAUUUGACUAUUCAUUAAACACAUUUUUAGGCAAGGAAGACUAGAGAUUUUGCCCCAAAUACAGCGGUUUGCAGAUUCCUUUGGGAUCCAAUCAUGAUCGCCAUUUUGGAAGUCCAUUAGUUUUCCAAUGAAUUGGAUUUGACAAAUCAAACAAAAAGUCCGAAAAUGUCAAAUGCUUUGUUUUUCCUAACACUAUAUUCAACAACGAGCUGCAACUAUUUACCUCCCAAUAGUUUCUUCACUCCAAAUAGAAUCUCUAACAGGAUUCUUGCUGUCGACAUAACACUGAUUUCCUGUUUGGUGUUGAUGUUCAUCACAGAUACUGUGGUGCCUGCCUGUCUGUCUGUCCGUCAUUCUCUCAGUAGACCUUAUAGAUACGACUGCAGCAUUACACACCAAAGGUGUCAUCAAUAAAACAGAUUCAAACCAGUGGCGUUGUCAUUAGGAUGAUUAUUGUUAUACUAGAUGAUGCUGGAUUGUUAUUCUGAGGACCUCGGAUGAGGGAUCUACAGCUUCAUGGAUGUAAUUUCCUGUGAGACAGUGGCGGGUCACCCUUCACUGUUGGGGUUUUAUUUUGCUCACAUGCACCUCUAUGGAAAUAUGAUCUGAGAUGCUAAUCUAUAAGGAUUCUGCUUUGUUUAAAGUGUACUUCCAUUCACUGUUUUCUGGCACUAUUCUAAUUUGUUUUUCAUUUGAAAUUAUUAUUUUUUUAUUUGCUUUUAAUCGAUUCAGAUAUCAAAGCAUCAGUUCUUUAUGUGUGUGUGUGUGUGUUUUGAUUUUCUGAAAAAGGCAUUUCUGUGAAUAGGACAGAGAUAUUGAACCCAUUUCUGCUGACGGUAGUUGUACACGCCCCAAACACCAACUAAACCAGUGCGUGCUGCGGUUUCAUUAGUUAUUGUUCGUCACUUGUGUGUGUGUGUGUGUGUGUGUGUGUGUGUGUGUGUUGCAGCAUCACUGUUAUUUUUGGAGUGUGUGCUCAGGCGUGUACUUUGCCGUCAUGUUGUUUGAGUCUUUAUUGCUUUCUAGAAUUGUUGUUGUUGUUAUUAUUUUGUUAAAUUAUCAUGUUGCCCCAUCUGUAAUUAAACCAAAUACUCACUAUGCAGUCACUCGAA